UCCAGAUCUGCUGAGUUCAGUUCGCAUUUGCUCCAUCCUUUCUUCAAUCCCUGACUAACUCGGAGCUCGGACACAAUUGCGCGGUCUCAUUCUACUCAUAUCCUUUUGAGAGACCAUGCAGAAGUGCCGGGCCAUCAAUCCCGGCCUGGGCUCAAGGGCGUUAGGCCCCGCCUCAAGGCUUCAAUUCCAAAUUCAACGCCGGAAUAUCCAGGAUGUCGCGAUCACUAGAACUGGAAAGCCAAUUUUAAAAGUUCCAGGUGGACGAUCGUCCCUAGGAGGCCAUACCGCGACGGUUUUCGGUGCUACUGGUUUCCUGGGUCGAUACAUUGUCAACAGACUUGCGCGCCAGGGAUGCACCGUGGUUGUACCCUACCGAGAGGAGAUGAUGAAGCGUCAUCUGAAGGUCUCCGGUGAUCUAGGAAGAGUUGUUUUCAUUGAAUAUGACCUGCGCAAUACCCAGUCGAUUGAGGAAAGUGUCCGUCAUUCCGAUAUCGUUUACAACCUCGUUGGUCGCCAGUAUCCUACGAAGAACUUUUCCUAUGUAGAUGUUCACGUCGAUGGAACUGAGCGCAUCGCCGAGGCUGUCGCUAAGUAUGAUGUGGACCGAUUCGUUCACGUUUCUUCCUACAACGCAAAUAAGGACUCUCCAUCUGAGUUUUUUGCCACUAAAGGCUGGGGUGAGGAAGUUGCGCGCUCCAUCUACCCUGAGACUACCAUCGUUCGUCCAGCGCCAGUGUUUGGCUUCGAAGACAACCUUCUUCACAAGCUUGCCGGCGUUACAAACCUCUUCACGGCCAACCAUAUGCAGGAGCGGUUCUGGCCAGUACAUUCAAUUGACGUCGGCGCCGCUCUUGAAGCUAUGCUGCACGACGAUACGACCGCCGGCGAGACCUUUGAGCUUUAUGGCCCGAAGAACUAUUCUACUGCUGAAAUUGCGGAGCUCGUUGACCGCGAGAUCAUCAAGCACCGCCGUCACAUCAAUGUCCCCAAGGCGAUCUUGAAGCCCGCAGCUCACUACCUCAACAAGUUCUUGUGGUGGAACAUCAUCUCUGCCGACGAAGUCGAGCGGGAGUUCAUCGAUCAGAAGAUCGACCCGACUGCCAAGACAUUCAAGGAUCUUGGAAUUGAGCCAGCAGAGCUGAGCAACCUAACCUUCCACUACCUGCAAGGUUACCGGAGCUCUUCCUACUACGACCUGCCCCCAGCGACUGAGCGGGAGAAGAAGGAAGAGAGGCAGUAUGUGCACGUCCUGGACGAUCAGUAGUUCUCUGCGUUUGUUAGAUAUGUACAUAAACUUGACUAGUCGAAUCGAUUUCUUUUGUUGUUCCUCGGGCGUUACUACAGUGUUUCUAGGUACUACUAUGUGUAGAUAAUAAAUCAGAAAGUCCAAUUGAAU